GGUGGGUCGUCGGGCCCCCCGGACCCCCGGGGCCGUGCCCCCUUCCUACCCCGUGCCCCCCGUCCGUGCAGCUUGGGCCGUGCGGGGCCUCGGCCCGGGCCCCCGGCCCUGACAGCCCGCCAUGCGCCUGGGCAGCCUUCUGCCAGGCCUCCCCCGGCCUCGCCUGCGCCCACCGGGCCGGGCAUCAGGUCCCUUCCCGCUUCUCGCCCGCACCUCGCCCGCAGCCCUGCUGCCCACCUCCAUCUCUGGGACAUCGGGUCGCCACCAAGGAGGCUCGGCGGGUAGCUCGCACCCAUCUGGGCGUCAUGGGCAGCUGUUCCGAAGUAUCACAGCAUCAGAUGCCAUCCAGCGGCAUCGCCGGAGCCUGGCAGAGUGGUUCAGCCGGCUGCCCCGGGAGGAGCGCCAGUUCGGGCCGACGUUCUCGCUGGACACGGCGCACGUGGACCCGGUGAUCCGGGAGAGCUCCCCGGAGGAGCUGCUGCGGCCCUCUGCCGAGCCGGCCCUGGAGAGCCAGCCCCCGCCCAGCGGGGCCCGCACCCUGCCCCUGCCCCACCUCUUCGACCCCGACGCCUGCGGGCGACGGGUGCAGACGGUGGUGCUCUACGGCACCGUGGGGACGGGCAAGAGCACGCUCGUCCGCAAGAUGGUGCUGGACUGGUGCCACGGGCGGCUGCCCGGCUUCGAGCUGGUCAUCCCCUUCUCCUGCGAGGAUCUCUCGGCCCCGGGCACCGCGUCCGUCUCCCUCUGUCAGCUCGUCACCCGCAAGUACCUGCACCUGCGCGAGGUGCUGCCGCUGCUGGGCACGGACGGCCCCCGGGUGCUCUUCGUGCUCAACGGCCUGGAGCGACUCAACCUGGACUUCCGCCUGGCGAGCACCUCCCUGUGCGCCGACCCCGAGGAGCCCGUGGACCCGGCGGGCAUCGUCGUUAACCUGCUGCGCAAAUACAUGCUGCCCGAGGCCAGCAUCCUAGUGACCACCCGGCCCUCCGCCGUCGGGCGGGUGCCCAGCAAGUACGUGGGCCGCUACGGGGAGAUCUGCGGCUUCUCCGACACCAACCUGCAGAAGCUCUACUUCCAGCUCCGCCUCAACCAGCCGGACUGCGGGCCCGCGGGCACCCCGGGCUUCCCCGUGGGCACCCCGGCCCAGCGCGAGAGCCUGGUGCAGAUGCUCUCCCGCAACCUGGAGGGGCACCACCAGAUCACGGCCGCUUGCUUCCUGCCCUCCUACUGCUGGCUGGUGUGCGCCACCCUCCACUUCCUCCACGCCCCCGCCCCCGCCGGGCAGACGCUGACGGGCAUCUACACGAGCUUCCUGCGCCUCAACUUCAACGGGGAGACGCUGGACAGCAGGGACCCCUCGCGGGUGUCCCUGAUGCGCUACGCCGCCCGCACCAUGGGCAGGUUGGCGUACGAGGGCGUGAGGGCACGCAAGACCUACUUCUCGGAGGCGGACGUGCAGGCCUGCCUGGAGGCCGGGGUGAAGACGGAGGCCGAGUUCCGCCUCCUUCACGUCUUCCGCCGCGAUGCCCUGCGCUUCUUCCUGGCGCCCUGCCUGGAGCCCGGGAGACGCCAGGACCUGGUGUUCACGGUGCCCGCCCUGCAGGAGUACCUGGCUGCCCUGUACAUCGUGCUGGGCGAGCGCAAGACCCCGCUGCAGCGCCUGGGCAAGGAGCUGGCCGAGGCCGUGGGCCGGGUCGGGGAGGACGUCAGCCUGGUGCUGGGCAUCCUGUCCAAGCUGCUGCCCUUGAGGGCGCUGCCCCUGCUCUUCAACUUACUCAAGGUGGUACCGCAGGUGAUGGGGCGGCUGGUGGGGCGGAGCCGGGAGGCGCUGGCCCAGGCCGUGGUGCUGGAGAUGUUCAAGGAGGAGGAUUACUACAACGACGACGUCCUGGAUCAGAUCGGCGCCAGCAUCCUCGGGGUGGAGGGCCCCCGGCAGCACCCCGACGGGCCCCCCGAGGACGAGGUCUUCGAGCUCUUCCCGAUGUUCCUGGGCGGCCUCCUGUCCAGCCGCAACCGGGCCGUGCUGGCCCAGCUGGGCUGCCCCAUCCAGACCCUGGACGCGGAGGAGAACGCCCGGGCCAUCAAGAAGAAGCUGGCCAAGCACCGGCGCGGGGAGCUGCCCCCGUCCGAACUCUUCGACAACCUCUUCUUCCACUUCGAGUUCCAGAACCAGCGCUUCUCCGCCGACGUGCUCCGGCCCCUGCGCCGCCUCAACCUGGCCGGCGUCCGCCUCACCCCGCUCAAGUGCUCCGUGGUGGCGGCCGUGCUGGGCAGCGGGGGACACCCCCUGGACGAAGUCAACCUGGCCGCCUGCCAGCUGGACCCCUCCGGGCUCCGCACCCUCGCGCCAGUCUUCCUGCGCGCCCGUCGGCUCUGUCUGCAGCAGAACAACCUCGGCCCCGAGGCCUGCCGGGAACUCCGAGACCUCCUCCUGAAUGACAGGUGCCAAGUCGCUACCCUGCGGCUCUCCAACAACCCGCUGACGGAAGCGGGUGUGAAGCUGCUGGUCGAGGGACUGGCAGGCAACAGCUCGGUGACCCACCUGUCUCUGCUGCACACGGGGCUGGGCGACGGGGGGCUGCAGCUGCUGGCGGCCCAGCUGGGCCAGAACCAGCAGCUGCAGGAGCUCAACGUGGCCCACAACGGGGCGGGGGACGCUGCCGCCCUGGCCCUGGCCCGCGCCGCCCAGGAGCACCCCACGCUGAAGAUGCUGCACCUCUACUUCAACGAGCUGAGCACGGAGGGCCGGCAGGCGCUGCAGGCGGUGCGGGAGACCCCGAGCGGGGCCCGCGUGGUGGCGUCGCUGAUGGAAGGGGCCGCCGUGUCGGAGCACUGGGCGGUGAUCUUGGGCGAGGUGCAGCGGAACCUGCGCAGCUGGGACAGGGGCCGGGUGCGAGGCCACCUGGGGCUGCUGCUGAGAGACCUGGAAGACAGCCGGGCUACCACCCUCAACCCCUGGCGCAGGGCCAAACUGCUGCGGGUGGAGGGCGAAGUCAAGGCCCUGCUGGAGAGCCUGCAGGACCCGGGCACUUAGCCAGACGCCGGGAAGCGAGCCGGGCUGCCCCGCUGGGGAGGCCUCCUCGGCUGCGGGGAGCACUUGGGGGUGGGAAAUCGAGACUCGGUGGGUGAACGCCCCCCCCCCAACUCCACUCCCCUGCGAAGCCCACAGGGCAGAUUAGCCCCAAGUUCAUGCCCAGAGGCGGGCACGGCAUGAUGCUGUCUUCCAGGGGGCCGGAGGGCACGGCGGGCGAGGCCUCGGCCUUUGACCCGGCCUCUCGGACUACCCCUCCGCGCCUCCUCCAGAGGCCGGAGAUCCAGGCCGCCCCCUCGUUUGGGGUCCCUCGGUCUGUCCGGAGAGGUGGAGGAAGAAGCCCCACGGGCAGGAGUUGUGAGUUUACUCCCCCGCCUACUCUGGGGCCUUUUGCCCCAAUCUGCUGUUUGUGCCUUCUCUCUUUCGCCGCUCUGACCCACACUGUCCGUGCCCAGCUGGAUGCCCGGGGCUGGAGGGACUCCCAGGGUCCACGAGUCCCGACUUGCUGCCAUUAAAAGCCAAAUGCCACUUA